GAGGAUCUCAAUGCACCUUUAAAUGCUGUGCCUCUGUUGGCACGUUCUCAGACUAGCAAUGGACUUGGCAGCGAGACAGAGAACAGCGUCCCGCUGACAGACUUCAAACCGUGUCUCCGUCUCCGAGAUCCGCAGACGGUGCGCUGGCGGAAGAAAGGCAAAAUCUUCUCCCGGCCCCGGCAUCUCCAAAGGGGCUGGCAAGCUCCGAUAUGGACCUGGUGCUGAGCGGGCUGAGGGACUUCUCCUGCAAACCCACCCGGUUCGCGGAUUGGGACGGGAGGGGCGCUCAGUCCGGACUGUGUAAGCGGCAGAGCUGUACCGACAUCGGCUGGGAGCCGCACGACAAGGGGCAGGGGGUGGACUUGGAGAAGGCCCUGGACCGGCUGAAAUCGGAACUGAUGGAAAUGCGUUCUCAGAAUCAGUCCUUGGUGAAACAGUUGAUGGAGCUUCAUGCAGGGAUCCAGGACUUGAAGCAGGAAUAUGAUAGUGAUGAAGAGAUGGAUGAAUCAGAGAAUGACAGCAUUGAUCGCACAGAUGGCUGCCACCCAAACCAUUCUCAGCCCAGAUUCAGCCUGCAAGUGGUGAUCUCCCACCCGAAACAGAACCGCAGGAACUCACUGCCCUAAUGUUGGCUGUAGAAGGAAUGGGACAGCUCACACAUUGAGAAUUUAACUCAAGAUUCAAGAUUGUUUAAUGUAAUUUUCUAUACACAAGUGUAAGGAAAACAAAAUAAUUGUUACUCCAGAUCCAAAGCAGCACAAAAAACACAAUAAGAUAAAGAGCACACUAAUAAUAAUAAAAAAUACACAGCAUCAGUAUAAAUCUAUAAGAUAGUUUAGACACAUAUAUUGACUGUGUGUCCAUAAGUUGUCACUAGGCUGUACAAGAGGUGACUGAUGAGAUGUAAUGUACAAUCACUGCAACUUUAACUGCCAUAUGACAACUUCAAACUAUCUGCAACACUGCAUUUUGUAACAUUCAUGUGCAUUGUUUUACACAUUUCACAGAAAGUAAGCGUUCAAUACUCAAAGAGCUAAUAAAGAGCUGUAUCAGUUUGGCAAAAUUAUAAGCAGCACCUUAAACUAUUCAGCUACAUUUAGUGUGAUAAAUGGUUUCGAUGAGGCCCUCCGUUGGUCGGCGUUGACCAUGGAUAUCUGUCUAUGUGAUACGCAAGCCAGGGCAGUACGAUAUGGAGAGCAAGCUGUUGCCCAUGUUGCAGGUUUCUUCUCUCCACCCAACUGAUGAAUCCAAAGGAACUCAAAGGCAGAGACAGAUACAUUUUAGCACCAGCAGCAUCGCAGGAGUUGCCAGUCAGCAUUGAACUCAACAUAGGAUGCCUUAGGGACUCCAGCUCUGAAUUUUUCCUUGGUGUUUACUCCUGAAGCCUUCCCCAUGAGUGUGUAUGGCAGCGGAGGUUUGAGAUCAGAGUUUUCCUUCUAGAUGAGCUGCCAACCAAGGCUGAAGAGCCCCAUCUGCCUGAAGCGACUGGUUUCAUGGAGCCAGUAACCCAACUUUGCCCCCUCUCCUGUUAGUAGAAAUAGUUCACUGGGCUUAGUAGCUAAGCCACAUGUGAAGUCCAGGAGCUGAAAUUGGUUGUCAGAGGCUAUUUGAGAUGCACACCAUUGGGAGCAUUUAAUAGUGGAAGCUUAACCUCACUACCUCCCCUGGCGAUGACAACCUUAAGGUUUCUAUGACACUUUGAAAUGAAUGAAAGAGCAUCAGUGAGUACUUGACUACUUGCUAAGCUUAUUUAUGGAAAGCUUAUAUAAUUUUCUCAGGAUGAGACUAGAAUGGGGGGGUUAAGGGUGAAAGUUGAAAUACCUAAGGGGAAACUGAUGGGGAACUUCUUCACUCAGGGACAAGCUGCCAGUGGAAAUGGUGGAUGAGGUUUAAUUGCAACAUUAAGAUAAGUUUGAAUAGAGACACAGAUGGGAGGGGAAUGUACGGCUACCGUCCAGGUGUGGAUAUAAAACAAAUUCUUCAUUCAUUAUUUGCCAUGCGGUAUGACAUGAGUGAUCAUAAUGUUCUUGGCAAAUUUUUGUACAGAAGCGGUUUGCCAUUACCUUCUUCUGGGCAGCGUCUUUACAAGACAGGUGACCCCAGCCAUUAUCAGUACUCUUCAGAGAUUGUCUACCUGGUGUCAGUGGUUGCAUAACCAGGACUUGUGAUGUACACCAGCUGCUCAUAUGACCAUCCAUUACCUGCGCCCAUGGCUUCACGUGGCUGAUUGACAGGGGGAGGGCUAAGCAGGUGCUACACCUUGCCCAAGAGUUACCAACAGGCUAGCAGAGGAAAGGAGAGCCUUACACCUCCUUUGGUAGAGAUGUAUCUCCACCCCAUAACCUGAAAAAAAACAAAUACAGGAUUAUAAUGUCAAAUUAUUUUCUUGGCUGUCUCAUUAAUGCAGAAUUCUUGUAAUUAAUUGUAAUCAACUAUUUGUGACGUUUACCAGAAGCAUUGCAGACGUAGAGCCUGAGGCAUUGUCGACAAUCAAUGCCACACAUCUCACAAUCACCUUGACCCACUACCAUCAGGGAGGAGGUACAGGAGCAUCAGGACUAGGGCUGCCAGACUGGGUAACAGCUUCUUCUCUCAGGAUGUGAGAUUAUUAAGUAUCCUGCCAACACUGAGGUCUCAUCAUGCUGACAGCAAGCUGUUUACUGUUUACAUGUGCUGCACUCUACAUGCAUUUUGAAUUAUAUUUUAUUAACUUACUUGUGGCAAUAUUUUGUUUUAUGACCUCAAAGAGGACCACAUCCUUGUUGUGGUUUGAAGUCUUGUGUGCCUUGAGAUCUAUGUUGGUUGGAGUUAAGGUUUUAUGCUUUGGCUCUUGGUAGGGUCAGCCAUGCCAAACAGUUCAAAGAGUAGAGGCUAGACUGGGUAGUCCACCGGUCCUCCAGGUUCGGGGGUUCAGCUCAGAACUAACAACCCUAACUGGUCAAACAAAACUGUGACAGAAAUCGCAGUGAACAAUCUUUUUACAUCUGUGUUUGACGGUAUUCCUGAGUCUUCACCCAGGACUUGCAUGACCGACAAUAGUGAAAACCAAGAUGAAGCUACUGACAUGACGAGGGAAGCCCUGAACACCACCAGAGAUGGAGGACCUUCAUUGCUGCCCUAAGCACCAGCGGCGAAAUGGGCAGUAAGUAAGUAAGUUUGUUUCAUGUGCUGUACGUGACAUAUGUAUUGAGGGAGUACCAUGGUCUGGAAGAAUACUGUACCGUCAGAUGACAAUAAACUUGGACUUGAAAUUGAAUUCCACAGCAAAAAAAUGAAUAAAGUAGGGAAACUGUAUUUCUUUC